UUUUUUUCCUCUUCUCCCCCAAGUCUGCAUUACAGCGGGAGCGCGCAGAUGUUCAGGAGCGCGCAUCAGGCACACAGCAAAGAUGGAUUCCCAGCAGCUGCAGGGAAGGCUAGAGCCGGCCAAGUCUCCGCUGUUUUAGGAACCCUCUUUCCUUUGCAAAUGGCCUGGGUAUAUGGCAUCACCUGCUAGUCUUAUUUCCAGCUGAGGGCAUCUGAUGGGUUACAUCUCCUUUGGCUCAAAAGGCAAAUGUUGCUUCCAGGGACUCUGCUGUGUCUGAUUAGCCGCUUGAACGUUGGCAUUCAUCUCUCUGCAUCACCGAACUAGCAUCGGAAUUUCCCUUUUCCUCUGAGCUUUGCCCUCACCCACCAACUGCAUGCCCAAUUCCAGGGUGCAUGGACAUCCACGCAGCCAGCGCUCCUAAGGAUUGCAAGCACGGUGGUGGCAUCUAAAGGGGGGUUUUGUGGUUCUCUCCUUUUUGUGUGUGUGUUGUCUAGUACACUGUGCAGGAGGGCAUCUGAUCGCUAGCCAAGAUGCUGCCAUCACAAGAAGCCUCCAAGCUCUACCAUGACAAUUACAUGAGAAACUCAAGAGCCAUAGGCGUGCUUUGGGCCAUCUUCACCAUCUGCUUUGCCAUCAUCAACGUGGUGGUCUUCAUACAGCCCUACUGGGUAGGGGACAGCGUCAAUACACCCAAGCCCGGUUACUUUGGGCUCUUCCAGUACUGUGUGGGCAAUGGAGGGGGGAACAGGGAGGAUACCUGCCUGGGUACCUUCACUGACUUCAGCACCAUCCCCUCUGGAGCCUUCAAAGCAGCCGCCUUAUUCGUGCUGCUGUCCAUGGUGCUGAUCCUGGGCUGCAUUACCUGCUUCGCCCUCUUCUUCUUCUGCAACACGGCCACUGUGUACAAGAUCUGCGCCUGGAUGCAGCUGUGUGCAGCUCUGUGUCUGGUGCUCGCCUGCAUGAUAUUUCCGAAUGGGUGGGACGCCGAGGCGAUCAGAGACUUAUGCGGAGACAAAACUGGGAAAUACUCUCUCGGAGACUGCUCCAUCCGCUGGGCCUACAUACUGGCCAUCAUCGGCAUUUUAAAUGCCCUCAUCCUCUCCUUCCUGGCCUUUGUGCUGGGCAACAGACAGAAUGACUUGCUACUCGAAGAGCUUAAGGCAGAUAACAAAGAUGAUAUUAAAUAGACGAAAUUCAAAGGGGGACACGGGAUACCUUCACCAACGCAGGAAUGUCUUCAGGCUGUCAGCCAUCUUACCCCAUUGGUAUUGUUGCCCUAUGAUUCUUGUAUUGCUGCCCUCUGCCACACUGCCUUGAACCCCUCUCCACCUCCUCCUGCCACCGAUGAAGCCUGGUUCUGCAUCUCAGCCUUGAAGAGAGCUUUUCUUCCACCAAAACGGUGCCUGCUUCGCCAAACCAAGACCCCCAAUGCCCCCCUCUGCAACGGAAGAACCAGCAACAGCACACCCAUUCCCUACACCCAACACGCCAACGUGGAUGUACACAACCAUCACUUGUAAUGAUGCUAUCAGUUGAGACUUUUUACCCCGCCAUCUUUCUACUUGCCAUCGCUGUAAAGAAAACAAAAAUAUUACACAAGGGUGCUGCAAAUGAGCCCUUUAUGAAUUAUGUUCCAAUUUUAUAAUAAAGAAAAAUCAAAGCAUUUCUACUUAUGAAAACGACUCUCCGUAGAG